AUGAGCAAAGUGGAAGUCCAAAACCCCGAAGACAUAAGCAACGCCUUUAAGGCUGCUGUCCAGGAUGUUCUUGACUUCAACAACUCUUUUGACUGGCCCAAGGUUCACACGUUUGUGUACCGAGAGAUAGACGGGAUCAAGAUCGAUGCAGAUGUUUGGGUGCGGGAGACGUCGUCGGACGAGAAGUCCGAGAGCCAGCUAGCCAAGCGGCCAAUUGUCCUCUACAUUCAUGGGGGCGGCUGGAUGGCGGGUGGGCGCACUGAUUUCCCCAAGCCGAUAUUGCAUGAAUUCCUCACAAGGGGAUUCGUCUUCGUCUCGAUUGAUUACCGUCUGAUCCCCGAGGUCAAUUUCAUCACUGGGCAACUAGACGACGUGCGUGUCGUCGAAACGUGGCUUCGCGACAAGCUUCAGUCCUCUUUGGCAGAUCGAGGUGUGAACGUGACGGUUAAUACCGACGCAAUUGUGGUCGCCGGUGGUUCUGCUGGGGCUCAUCUGGCAUCCUUGACGAUGGGUGCUCAAGGGAAAAGCUCAAAGCUCCUGCUUUGGUAA